GCUCCUUUUCCCCCAUUCGCCUGUAUACUGCUAGAUCCCCUGCCAUGUCUUUGACCCUACACACCACUCAUGGACCUCUCAAGCUAGAGCUCUUCCUCUCCUCGUGUCCCAAGACCUGCAAUAACUUCCUUGCCCUUGCAGCCAGCGGCAAGUAUGAUGGCACGAUCUUCCACCGCAACCUCAAGGGGUUCAUGGUGCAGGGAGGCGAUGUGGUGUCCAAUAAUGGCAAGGGAGGCAUGAGCAUCUACGGUGGCAAGUUUGCUGAUGAGGUCAGGAGCAGUUUGAAGUUCAACACACGAGGACUUCUCUCCAUGGCCUCUUCGCAGCCCAACUCUAAUCUCUCUCAAUUCUUCAUCACCUACGCCCCCUUGCCCCACCUCGACGGCAAGCACACCAUCUUCGGCAAGGUCAUCGAUGGCGCCGAAGAUGGCGGGACAUUAGAUGCUAUGGAGGGACUACCAGUAGACGAAAAGGGCAGAGCCAUCGGUGGAAGUGCUUGCCGCAUCGUCAAGAUCGACAUUCAUGCCAACCCAAUUGCCAACGAAGCGAGGGAGGCUAGGUAGAGCAAGCAGUCUGGUGAUAGACCUGGUGAUCGCAAGAAAUCAUCAUGCGGUGCCAAGUCGGCCUCUCUUGCCCGACCGCUUUCCC